AUGAGCUUCCAAGGCGUCCAACCUUAUGCAAUUUAUCAUCCACAGCAUUCAGGCUCGCCUCCUCCCUUACAACAUCCCAUACCACAGCAUCCUAUACAUAUGCGAGAACCACCUGUCUCUUCACCCUCUCCUCCAACACAACAGCGCUUUUCUCACCCACAACAAAGUCCACCCGACCUUAAUGCCAUAUGGAAUUUUAAUGACAGUACUGCACAAAUGGGAAUGCAGUUUGGCAAAACUGCUGUAUUGGCGGGAAGUGAUUUUGUCGAGGAAAAAAUUAACCGUUACGUAAACUACCCGGCUUUGAAACAUUAUUUCAAAGUCAAUAAUUCUUAUGUAGCAAACAAGAUUAGGCUAUUGAUUUUUCCAUGGAGACAUAAGAUAUGGUCACGGCUUGUAAAGCGGUCAGAACAAAACGGUCAAAUGGAGGGAUAUAAGCCACCGAGAGAAGACAUAAAUUCUCCAGAUUUAUACAUACCAGCCAUGGCACUUGUAACAUAUGUCUUAUUGACGGGAAUUGUAGCGGGAACUGAACAUAAAUUUCACCCAGAAGUAUUGGGCAUGAACGCCACCACGGCAUUUCUUUUAGUUUUAUUAGAACUUUUUUUCAUAAAGACUGGAUGUUAUUUAUUGAAUAUAUCUUCUGAAACACAUCUUUUGGAUUUAAUGGCUUAUUCGGGAUACAAAUUUAUUGGAACUAUUAUUACACUUGUGGUCACAUUAAUUGCACCAUUCUGGGUUGUCGCGGCUACUUUUAUCUAUACGGCUUUUUCUACUGGGUUUUUCUUGCUUCGCUCUUUGCGUUAUGUCGUCUUUCCUGAUUCGACAACAACAGUUAAUGUUCCGCAACGUAAACGAAGGAUCAACUUUCUAUUUUGUAUUGCGGCUCUUCAAGUUGUUUUGAUGUAUUUUCUUACAGAAGCAAGCGUCAAACAACUUGCUAUAGAUACACCUAAUGAAUCACACGAGUCACAGAUCACGGAUAAUUAUUUAAUCGAUUCAAAACAGAAGAUUGAUUAUCAGAGAACAGAAUUAUCUGCGAACCCUACAAGUCAUAUUUUAAUCAAGUUUUUUAGAAUAGAGCAUAAUUCGCUUAAAAAAAUGGUUCUUCAAAAACGCGUUCCAUUUCAAAAAAAACUUGCAGCAUUGCGUAAUGAUCAUUGUGUUGAAAAAAAGCGCGUGGUUGUAUUACCGAUAACAAGGAGGAAAACGGUGAAAAAAAUACCAAAUACUCAUUUACUUCAUCUCACGAGAUCAUGCGAGAUACCGCGAACGGAGAACCUUGGAGUACACACUGUCUACAAUUUACGUUAUUCUUCACCGUCUGUCUUUUUCUGUUUCGAUGUUGAUUUGUAUCGUGGUGCAAAUUGGAUAUUUAUGUGGAGUAUUGUUACUAAUUUUCCGAGCUGCGAAUUACUUGCUAUUCGCGAAUUUCCCAAUCUCAUGUCAUUGGUGAUGAAUGAUGAUAAUAAUAAAUGUGAAGAUGAUUGGGUGAAGAGGUAG